GCCUAGGCGGUCAGCCCCCCGGGGGAAAGCCAGUGGGGAGCCCCAAACAGAGGCCACACCCACGAAGGCAGCUCACAGAUUGUUAGCAACCUCGCGGGGAGCGGUGUCCGGGAGGCGAGUGGGCCGCAGGUCAGUACCCAAAGCGCCAGAGAGAGCGCCAAAGUGCCUCGACCCUCUGACUGGGGGCGGGCUUCCCGGGAAGGGAUGGCUUGGCCAGUCCCACACCUGUCCCUACGCCUAGCACCCGCCCCGCCGGCGCCGCCGGGACGAGCCGCCUCUCCUCCAUUCCUGGGGCGCAGGCUCCCUCUGGGUCUGGCAAAGAACUGCUCCGGCCUCGCGAGGGUCGCUCGCGGCCCCCCUCCCCCCGGGCUUGCUGGGGGGGGGUCUCCCUGGGUGGGAGGACCGCCCCGUGCACUGACGGCCCACAGCCCCGCCGCCUGGGUGCCCGGGAAAGCUAUCCUAGCGCCUCGAAGCCCCGCCGGACCCAGGCUGCGCCGCGGAGAGGCCUCCUCCGCGCCCGAAGCGCCGCGCAGCCUCCGGGCCUUCGCACCGGGAACCGUUUCCGGGGCGAAUGCUUUUCGUAGCUGACCCGGCGCGGCCCGUGACGCGAGGGCCCAGACGGAAGUGCGGGCGGAGGAGCCCAAGCCCGAGCCGGAGCCCGACCGGGAGCAGGUCUCGGGGGCUCCGGCGGUGGGGACUGCUGGGCCUGGCAGCGAUGGCGACCCUGUGGGCCGGCCUCCUCCGUCUCGGCUCCAUGCUCAGCCUGUCCUGCCUGGCGCUCUCGGUGCUGCUGCUGGUGCAGCUGUCAGACGCCGCCAAGGACUCUGGCCCAACCCAUUUUAUCCAUAUCAAUGCCUUUCUACCAGAGGGUGGAAAGAUGAAUUCUGAGGAUGUCCGAUGUAAAUGUAUCUGUCCUCCCUAUAAAGAUAAUUCUGGGCAUAUUUAUAAUAAGAACAUAUCCCAAAAAGACUGUGAUUGCCUUCACGUUGUGGAUCCCAUGCCUGUGCGGGGGCCUGAUGUAGAAGCAUACUGUCUACGCUGUGAAUGCAAAUAUGAGGAAAGAAGCUCUGUUACGAUCAAGGUUACUAUUAUAAUUUAUCUCUCCAUUUUGGGCCUUCUGCUUCUGUACAUGGUGUAUCUUACUCUGGUUGAGCCCAUACUGAAGAGACGCCUGUUUGGACACUCACAAUUGAUACAGAGUGAUGAUGAUGCUGGGGAUCACCAGCCUUUUGCAAAUGCCCACGAUGUGCUGGCCCGCUCCCGCAGCCGAGCUAAUGUGCUGAAUAAGGUAGAGUAUGCCCAGCAGCGUUGGAAACUUCAAGUUCAAGAGCAGCGAAAAUCUGUCUUUGACCGUCAUGUUGUCCUCAGCUAAUUGGGAAUUGAAUUCAAGGUGACUGGAAAGAAAUUGGGCAAUGGGAAAAAAUUGACUAAGAUUUCCUGGGUUUUGUUUUAAUACCCUGUUGAUUUCACCAACUCUUGCUGGAAAAUUCAAAACUGGAAACAAAAACACCCUUGGUAUUUUCUUUUCUCGUUAAUGUAUUAAUGGAGGCAUUUUUUAAAGCACACACCUCAAACAACAUCAGCCAAUAAACCUUUUCCUAUUUGUGACUUUUAUUAAUAAAAAUAUGUCUGCCUGUAAAUUAUCUUGAAGUCCUUUACCUGGAAAAAGCACUCUCUUUUUUACCACACAGUUUUAACUUGGUUUUCAAGAUAAUUUUCAGGUGGGGUUUUUGUGUGGUAUUUUUUGUUUUUGUUUUUGGCAGAAGAGGGGAGGGAUGUGUGGGAAGUGCGUAACAUAACUUUUCUCAAGUCACUUUACUAAACAAACUUUUGUAAAUAGACUUUGACUUUUAUUUUCAAGUUUCACUUAUAUUUUGCAGUCUGCCAGCCUCGUCAAAGCCCUGACUUACCUAUUUGAAUUUUGCACUGACUAUACUAUAUAGACAUCUGGUUGGCCUGUGGCUGCACUUUAUGGUAAAUUGGAUCUGAAAUGCCUGGUGGCUCGUCACAAAAUGCAGAUUUUUUUCAUGUACUGUGAUGUCUGAUGCAAUGCAUCCUGGAACAAACUGGCCAUUCGCUAGUUUAAUGACUAAACAUAGUCUUGGUGUGUGGUCUUUCUCAUCUUCUUCUAGUAUCUUUAAGGAUGAAUCCUAAGGACUUGGACACUUGGCAAUAAAGAAAUUUUCUUUUAAACCCAAGCCUCCCUGGAUUGAUGACAUACACGUAUUUGUCAGCACCUCUAGUCAGGUUGCGAGGCAGCUGUUUGAGCUAUAGAGUGUGCAGCUUUGAACUAGCACUGGAGUUCUGGUUGCCUCCCUCUGAAAGGUAUAGCAGUUAUUGGAUAACUGGCUUUUUUCUUCCUAUGUCCUCUUGAAAUGUAACAAUAAAAAUAAUUUUUGAAACA